GAGCAUAAAAGAGAAAUUAAAAAAACCUUGCAAAUUAUACAACAACUGACAGGUAUCUUUCGCGUUAACUAUUUCGAGUUGUACCUUGAAUUUUUUUACUUCUUUAAAUAUUCCCAUUUUUUUUAUGUAUACAGAAUGGCGAAGGCAACGUCGGAUUUUUGUGUACAGCGUUAGAUGGGGGCAAAGUGGCCCAUUUUGGGGCCGAAUGUUACGCUGCUUAGACAGUGAAGGAAUUCCGUAUACUUUCUCCCCUUCAAGUUGGGAUGAUUAGGUUAGUCCAACGUUUCGGUUCGCUCUAAAAGAGGAGCCAUUAUUGCUAAGUAUAAUUGCGUGUGAUUUAACAAAAAAGCGUUCCAUUACUGUCCAGCAUUUGUUUUUUGAUUAUCUGACAAAUCUACUUGCUUUUUGAGAUAUUGGAGUAUUUUGGUGGGGUAAUCGGGAUUAGUAGCUCGUUCGAGUUUAGUUAGUAGCCAUAACUUUGGGUACAAUGGUCCUGGGUUCGAAUCUCAGGUAAGGCAAAAAAAUAGCAGCAAACAGUUCAUGUUUACAAGAUGUCAAGAAACUUGACUCCCUUGCUUCGAAUUUCAAGCCUUAACUAGUAAACACUGCAAGACUGAAGAUUACUAUACUUCCACUUUUGUCUGCCUUAGAAGACGCCUACUACCAUUUUAGUAUAAUCUAUCCUAGCUCCAUUCUCCUUUCAAUGCCAACCGCAGUCCUUGAACUAACCCUCUUUCCUUUCCCUUUAGUCAUCAGACGAACGGACUUUUAAUACUACGACAAAAAGUCAAUACUGUAGCAGUUAAUUGCACUGUGGGCGGCUUAACCGUGCAGCCCAUUAAUAGACGCGAGUUGGUCACAUGGAGUGAGUCGGUCGCGCGUAAAUCGCGGCUCGCGUUGCCAAAUUUAUGUAAGAAAUCAAAGGGGGAGGACGACUCGCUGAUUAGACCAUUUUUGACCCCGCAAUUUACAAAGUUGCCAAUGAGGGUUGCGACAAACAAACUAGUAACUAGGGUGGUGAACAAAAGCGAGUCACCGAUACAAGUUGGAAGGCCUACCAAUGGCAGUUCGAGUGAGAGUGACCUUGAACUCGAAGAAAAUAUGAGCAAGGUCCGGGGGAGCCUUGAAAGUAGUGAAUGUGCUGAUGGCGUUGAGAGUUUACGUAGUAGUGAAGCGGACAGUUUGGAAUAUUGCACAAAGAACGUCGAAUGGGAGGAUACUGAUGCUGUAUACUUUCGAGAUAAUAGUUUAGUUGAAACUGCCCAGAAACUUUGGAGGGAGGAAAAAUGUACCGACCUCGACAUCGAGCCUAAGGGCCCUAAGUCUUCUUCGAGCUCAAGUGACCGAUCCACUUUCAAGGAAGUACUCUCCGCACAUCCUCUCGAUCAAAUCCACUCUGAGUCUGACUUGUCGGUGUGCAACAUUAGCAGUGAGGACUCGGGCGGUGAGACUUUGAGUUUAAAAUUAGCUAACGACGAUACGCGCGAAUACGCACAUCCUCCAUGUGAGAGUUUGAAAGAGAAAUGGCCUACUUUUGAAUCCGAAUUGUCGAAUCCUGAUCACAGCUGUAAAGCCACAACAGAGCUAUCAGUAGACAGAGAGGGAAAUACGAGUGAUUAUAUCCCUAAAAAAAGGCGGAAAUUUAACGAUAACUUGACCACAAUUGUACCUACACACUAUGAUAGCUACCGCUUAAAUUUAGGUGAAAGCGCCAUCUACAGCAGCAGAAGCGAAAAAGCGACCAAGAGGCUCUCACCCAGACUGUUAGCCUUGAUUAAUGUGAUCACGAAUGCGCCAGGUGAUAACUCGAACAGAUCUGCUACAGAUCAGCUGCUCACCAUAUCGAUCGGGGACUGCAGGAGACUGCUAGAGCUAGACCCAAAUGCUGUGCCCGUGGGAGAUAUGUUAUCAAAAAUGAAUUUGACAAGGAGUAGCGCAAGUGAAGAGGCCGAAUUGUUAAAAACAAAGUUACCGUUGAUAUCGAAGGUACCAGUCCAAAAGGUGUCCUACGAUAAAAACGUAAGCAGCCGGUCAAGUAUAGUAAGCUUACCUCAGAUUGUUCCGAAAAGCAAAAACGCCCCGACGUCCGAAGUACGAAAGCCUGCACCGUUUAAAAAAAGCCUAUCCGUUCAGGAACCGCCCAAACCUAAGAGUAACUUUAAAGACGACCUACAAGUCGAAGUUUUGAAAAAACCUCGCAAGUCCACUGAGUUGCCGAGCGUCGAUUUCGCCAAAGGCGACGACCUUUUCGACGUCGACGACGUAAUGCUGGAGGAAUUCAAGAAAUUCGAAGAAAACUAUUUGAAGGACAAAGACAAACAGCGGCGAAAAAAGGAACGGGAACUGCACGAAGUCUCCACCAACGUGGAUAAUGGUGGAGGCAGUCCAGUCUCGAAGAUCAACAUCGAUUCAGCAUAUAACAGUCUUAACAGGAACAAUCCGAAAGUUCGAGCGAAACCGAACAGUCUAAGCCCUCUGGAGUACAAUCGGCCGCAAACAAGCCCAAUAGCGAGUCCGACCUCGAGUAGUUCAGAUACGACUUCCAUGCCGCUCGAGUCGCAGCAGCGAGUAUCGAAAUUUUGCCACGAGUGCGGUACGAGAUAUCCGAUCAUCACGGCCAAAUUUUGCGUCGAGUGCGGCGUUAAGCGAUUGGUCUUGUAAUGUCUUUUUAGUUAAACAUUUUUUUUACAUACAACGCCGUGGUUAUGUUUUUACUAUAUACACUGUUAUUCAUUUCUACUACUUACAAUGUUUUAUUUAGAGGAACAAAUAAAUUGCGUGCUUUUUAAUGUCCGAGUGUAUUUUAAAAUGCUCAGUUUUUGUUGCAAUGUAGAUUUUAGUUGCGUGACUAGUGUUGUGUUAUUAUGUUAAUAUUAAGUUUGUUUGUUGAUAUUUACCUCAGUAUUGUUGAUUGUGAACUUUGUUUUGCGGGUAAUUUUAAUCGUUCUUCCUCUUUAUUAAUGGUCUCCUGGUGCAAUUAUUCACUAUUAAUGUUCAACUUUGUUUUUAGAAUUUUUAUCUACAGGGUGUCCUAUCUAAGAUUUAUUGUGGUAUUGACAGAAAAAAUACAUCAAAAUCUGGUAUGGAAUCAAAAUGGUUUAAUACUGCAAUCUAUUUUUAAUUAUAUAAAAUCUAUCUGGUACAGCCUACGUGUGCCCAUAUUUUAAUGCCCACAAUUUGUAUCUGUUGGUUAUUCUUGGAGAGAUAGAACGCGAAGUUUUGCAGAAUUUUGAGCCGAUUCCAAAUAUCACUUUAAAUUUAGUCUCAUUUACUAAUGUCUUGAAAAUAAAUGAUAUUUUUAUAAUUUAAUUUGAGGUUUAGUUUUUGCUAGAUAUAUUAUUUUUAUUUAUUUAUUUUCUUUUUUUUUAUUUUCUGUUAAUGAACGGAAUCACAUGAGUUAGAUGGAAGAGCAUGGUAUGUUUCAUUCCAUUACUGAAUCUCGCCCUUUGUACAGUUUCUAUGUAAUUAACCUAGGUACUUAUUAAAGACAUUCAUUAUUAUUAUUAAUUUGACAUCAGUUCAGAAUUCUAAAAAGCUAACUGAGGUAUCAUUAAUAAUAAGCAUUGAAAUAUGGACAGACUAUAAUAAACAAGGUAAAAGCUGAAGCACAUGCACGCACAUUAUAUGCUAGACUUAAUGCGUUUUGUACUUUACAGGUAGCAAAUGAUGAUUAAUUAUUAAUAUUGUAAACACUAAAUAUUAGGCCAUUAGAGUAAUAUUUUUAUAAUGAAUAACUAUGCCUUAAUUUGAUGUUACUGAUGACUAAUUUGGAUGAAAAGAGCAAGAAGUAUAAGAAUGACUAUGAAUAUAAUGUCAAUUGAAAUGGUAUCCAUUUUCUUGAUUUGCAUUUACUAGCUACAUUUUGUAGCAUAGGUGGGUGGAAUGAUGAUUAGCAAUAUAGCGUCAGACAAUGUGCUUAAUUUGAAAUCACAACGUUUUAAUGUUUGUGAAGACUGAAACAAGUGCUUAAUGUUAUAACUUUUGUAUUAAAAAAAUAAAAACUAAAUAAGUGCCUAACUAG